UUCUGAAACAGAAAAUCGUCUAAAAACUAGGCACUUUCAACAUCAUCUCUGAAAAAUCUCAGCUUUUUGAUCCAAACAUUGGGUGGCGAGACGGGGAAUUCCGCCAUUGGACGAGAGGCGCAAGAUCUCAAUUGGGCGGAUGCAGUUCGUAGUUACAGAACUUACAGUAUAUAAUUCAAAACAACCCGUCGCUUUCCUUUUCCCCCCAAAAUUCCUCUCUCUUUCGUCGCACCAAACAAACAAACAAACACGUUUGUAUUUCUAUCCCGGAUUUCUAUUUCUAAUUUCCCUUUUUCCCCUCUUUUGGAAUUCAGAACUGUUCAAAAUCAUCCGGUUGUUUAUAUAUUCUUGUAAUCGAGAAUAAUGCCCAUCAUCGCCGCGGCCGAAUUUUGGAAGCCCCAUCUACAUCUAUUCCUCCCAUGUUGACCUGACUGAUUUUAGGGUUUCUGGUGGAUUGCCCAUCACGGGUUUUGCUUUGGAUUGUGCGGAUUUUGGUUGCCCAUUGUAUGAACUGGACCCCGAUCCGAACCCCAUUGUGGAUUCGGGUUCAAGUUUUGGUCGGCAGAUUCGCCUAAGUCAAUGGAGUCGAAGGAUUCUUUGCCUUCACCUUCGGCCGACAGAUCGGACCUGCAGGAUGACCCACUGACAAUGAAACCACAAGGACAAGAUUCUGCUUCUAAGGAGAUCCUAUCAGUCAUUGAUUUUCUAAAGAAGCAGGUUGCUGGUGAACGUUGCAACUCCGUACAGAAAAGAAUGGAAGAAAACAAGCAGAAGUUGGUUGGCAUCACCACUCACUUGUUGAAAUCAUCAACAGAAAGAAGGAUAAGAAGGGUCAAUGAUUCAGAUAAGGGGGUGGACCUAUUAACGAAGAGGCAGAAAGACGCACUUGAUAUGCAGAAUGGCAUAGAUGUAAGUGAUGGGGAAAAUGACCGAUCUCAGGAAGAUAGCCAUGCAUCUACUGCAGUUCUUCUUGGAUCUAAUGUUGCGGUUAGAAAUGCUGUACGACCUAUUAAGCUUCCUGAAGUAAAAAGAUUACCUCCUUAUACUACAUGGAUAUUUUUGGACAGAAACCAGAGAAUGACUGAAGAUCAAUCUGUGGUUGGUCGGAGGAGAAUUUACUAUGAUCAAAGUGGAGGAGAAGCCCUUAUAUGCAGUGACAGUGAGGAAGAAGUGAUGGAGGAUGAAGAGGAAAAAAGAGAUUUUGUAGAAUCUGAAGACUAUAUACUUCGCAUGACUAUGAAAGAAAUUGGUUCAACUGAUCUGGUGCUAGAGUCACUUUCUCAUUGUUUCUCUAGAAGUCCUGGUGAAAUAAAGGCAAGAUAUGAAGUGCUUAACCAGGGAGAAAAGGCUAUAGGGUGUUUUAAUAAUAAGAUCAAUGAGGAGAUCUCACAUAUUGGAAGUUCUUUUCUUGAUAAAGAUCUCGAUGCAGCUCUUGAUUCCUUUGACAAUCUAUUUUGUCGUCGUUGCCUUGUUUUUGAUUGUAGACUGCAUGGUUGUUCCCAGGAUCUUGUAUUUCCUGCUGAGAAACAACCUAAAUGGGGCCAUGUAGAUGAGGAAAAUGCACCUUGUGGCCCACUCUGCUAUCGAUCAGUACUUAAAUCAGACAAAAAUAUUACAGGGGGUUCUCCACUUCGCAGUGACUUGGAAGAAAAACAUCCCAUGUCAUCUGAUGGCACUGUUGCUCAAAUCUCGUCAAAGAAGAAAUCUUCUUGUAAAGCUGCUCGAAGAAGGGCAAAAUCCUAUCAAAGUGAAAGUGCCUCAUCAAAUGCAAAGAACAUAUCAGAAAGCAGCGAGUCAGAGAAUGGACCUAGGCAGGACGGGAACACUAUUCAUCAAUCACCGCCACCAAAUUUUAAGAUAUCGGGAGUGAGUGGAAUUCGUAAAAGGAACAGCAAACGUGUUGCUGAGCGUGUUCUCAUUUGCAUGCAGAAAAGGCAGAAGAAAAUGGCUGCUUCCGAGUCAGAAUCUCUAGCCAGUGUAGGUCAUUUUCCAAGUGAUGUGAAAUUAAAAUCUAGUUCAUGCAAAGAAAAUGACGAUACUAGUUCUUCUUCACGUAAGAAUAUUAGAUCUCCUACACCGGGAAGGUCUAGGAGGAGGGAAUCCCUGACUCAGCAACACAACAAAUUUGAGCAGAAUGAAACACUCAAUAAUUCAUCAAAUGAGAUAAUUACUAAUCUACCGGCUGAUAGUUGUGAUGACUACUUGAGGAAGGAAGAGUGUGUGGAUGAAAAUUUGUGCAGGCAGGAUUUGGCGGAUGAUAAAUCUUGGAAAGCUAUUGAGAAAGGUCUUUUCGAGAAGGGUAUUGAGAUUUUUGGUAGGAGCAGCUGCUUAAUUGCAAGGAAUUUACUAAAUGGGAUGAAGACCUGUUGGGAAGUUUUUCAAUACAUGAAUUAUUCUGAGAACAAGAAUUGCAGCCAAGUGGGUGACGGAUCAAAUUCUCAUCUUGAAGGUUACGCCAAGGGUAGUAAUGAGGUGAGAAGAAGAUCAAGGUUCUUACGUAGAAGAGGUCGAGUUCGUCGACUGAAAUAUACUUGGAAAUCGGCUGCUUACCAUUCAAUUCGGAAGCGAAUAACUGAAAGGAAAGAUCAGCCAUGCAGACAGUAUAAUCCAUGUAAUUGCCAAACUGCUUGUGGAAAGCAGUGUGCCUGUCUUUUAAAUGGCACCUGCUGUGAGAAGUACUGUGGGUGCCCUAAGAGUUGCAAAAACCGUUUUAGAGGCUGUCAUUGUGCUAAAAGUCAAUGUCGUAGUCGUCAAUGUCCUUGCUUUGCAGCAGAUAGAGAAUGUGAUCCUGACGUUUGUAGGAAUUGUUGGGUCAGCUGUGGCGAUGGUAGUCUUGGGGUUCCCAACCAAAGAGGUGAUAACUAUGAGUGCAGGAACAUGAAGCUUCUUCUUAAACAACAACAAAGAGUUUUACUCGGAAGAUCCGAUGUAUCUGGUUGGGGAGCAUUUUUAAAGAAUAGUGUUGGAAAACACGAAUAUCUUGGCGAGUACACUGGAGAGUUAAUUUCACAUAGGGAAGCAGAUAAACGAGGAAAAAUAUAUGACCGCGAAAACUCAUCCUUUCUGUUCAAUUUGAAUGACCAGUUUGUUCUUGACGCAUACCGAAAGGGCGAUAAAUUAAAAUUUGCCAAUCAUUCUCCAGAUCCAAACUGCUAUGCCAAGGUCAUCAUGGUUGCUGGAGAUCACCGGGUUGGCAUCUUUGCCAAGGAAAGAAUUAGUGCUGGUGAGGAACUAUUCUAUGACUAUAGAUAUGAGCCUGACCGAGCCCCGGCUUGGGCAAGGAAGCCUGAGGCAUCGGGGUCGAAAAAAGACGAUGGUGCUCCAUCGAGCGGCCGAGCAAAGAAACUCGCUUAGUUUAACGAUUCAUUUGGGACUUGGGAAGUUUAGAAUUUUUGUAAUUCUUUCACAGACAAAAGUGUCAUCCUCAUUGAUGGUAGAUCAUAGGUGGUUAUUCUUGGAUCAAGUUGUAGGGGUUAGGGGGAGAUCAUUCACUUACCUCCAUAGGAAAAUUUAGACUUAAGAUUUUAUUGUCACCCUUUUGAUUUGGCCACAUUGUAGUGAAGAGACUUGAGGGUUGGGGGAAUACAAGCAUUUGUGAAUCAAACUUACAAUUUAACUUAUACUCUCAUUGGUUAAUUGUUUAAAGAACUGUUGGUCUAAUACAAUGCCAAAAAUUUCAUCAUUU